AUUAAUUAGAGUGACAAAAUUAAUUUGUACACCCCGUGGAUUUCACGUUUGAAUUUCCCGGGGUUGCUAGGGGCCCUAGGGUUCUGGGAACAAGGUUAUGUUUGACUGGAACACAUGUCCGAGUAAUCAUCGACAACAAAACUUUCCCCGGAGACGUCUCCAGUCCUAGAAUGCCCGCGUACUGACCAUCUCCAGGAGUCGUCAAAAAUGCAAGUGAAAAAUUUAAAGAAGACGACGAAGAGGAAGAAAUCCGGAAAGAAAGAACCCGAGGAUCACCUGAUUACCAAGAGAAAAGGCGGUGGAAGUAUCAUCGAUCAUCGUCCCCUGUUCUCCAGCAACGGGGAACUACUCUACGUCGUGUGGAAGCAUGUGAUUCGUAAAUACAGCACUCAGACCGGUGAUUUCGUUGGAGAAUUCGAGGCAGCGGAGGUCAAGCUCUCAGGGAUAUCAUUUUACUCCGACAAUUUCAAUACAAUCGUGGGUUGCACCGAGACAGGUGACCUCAUCAACUGGAAUUCCCAGAAUGGUGUGAUAACGAGGAAGCUGAAGCUGAAGACAGAGGACGAAGUGAGAAUAUCAACCUUUCACAUCAUAAAUUAUAAAUCAAAAUCAGGUAAAAGCAUCAACGAGGCUCUAGUGACGUACACCAACAAAUCCUCAAACAGCAUCCACCUGGGGCUCUUCGACGUGGAGACGGGGAGCGCCACGAGGUCGAGAUCGAUUCCCUGCGGGCCAACAGGUGCCUACUGCGUGGAUAUAGUUGGAAAUAAUGGUGAUAACCUGAUAGCCCUGGCCCAGGAUGUGGAUCUACACGUGAUCCAGCCCCUGAAUGACCUCAAGGGAAAGCUCCACAAGAUCGGUUUAACUGGUAGAAAGCUCACCUGCGUGACAGGCCACCCCGAGGAGGAGUGUGUGGCUGUGGGUGACUCGUCAGGUCGUGUCCUGGUGUACAGAAAUCUUCUCCAGCGUCCAGUGAUGGGAUCUUAUCACUGGCACACACUUCCAGUCACUGAGAUCGCCUUCAGCAAGUCCGGUGGACAUAUGUACACUGGAGGAUCUGAAUGCGUUCUCGUUAAAUGGACACUGGCUAAUCCUCACCACAAGUCCUUCCUUCCACGUCUACCAGCACCGAUUAAACACCUGACUAUUGCACCAGAGAAUAUCUACGUCGCUGUAUCAACUCUGGACAAUGGAAUAGUCGUUGUUAAUCCUCAGAAGAAGCUCACGUCUGUCAUUCAGAAUUUUACCUGGGGUGUCACAGCCUCCAGCAGGGGGAGAUUUCCUGCUGGACUCAUUCUGGAUCCCAGAACUGGUAGUCUCGUUCUCAACAGCAGAACUGGACACGUGCAGUUCUUCGAUACCCACAGGAAGUCCCUCCUCUACAAUAUCAACAUCACAGCCCAGAAUUUUCUCACGCAGGAGAGAGCAGCUGUCAUUGUCAAUACUGAAGUGACCAGAGUGUCUAUUAAUCAGGAUGGAGCAUGGAUGGCAACAGUCGAGGAACGUGACGACAGGGUCUCCACACCAGAAGUGAGACUUAAAUUCUGGAGGUUUAAUUCCCAGAGGCAGAUUUUUUCAUUGAACACUUGCAUCGAGUUGCCCCAUGAGCUGGGGAUCAAUGCCCUUGGGUUUCAACCCUCUGGGAGUCUCGAUGGAGAGGGCAUUGCUGCUGUCACAACUGGAAGGGACAGGAAGUUCAAGAUCUGGGGAAUUGUCGAGGGGACUGGUGACAGGGGUAAACACUGGGCUUGCUAUGGAGUCGAGAGCUACAGGGAUUUACAGGUGACUGAUGCUGGAUUCUCCGUGGACGGUUCCCUCCUGGGUGUGGGAUUUGGCUCGAGUCUCACGAUUUGGGGGCCUGAGGAUAUGGCCUUGAAGUGCUCACUGACCCACCGGAGAUAUCCCCAGGUGAUAAAACGAGUAGAAUUCGGGAAGAACGAGAGCUGUCACCUGGUGGUGGUGGGAUCUGACGAGCACAUCGGUGUCUGGAAUCUUUUGACCUUGAGUCUCACCUGGUCUGUCCACCUGAAGCUCCAGGUCCUUGUGGCUGAUCCAUGCACCAACCUGAUGGCUGCAUUCUCCAGGGAUAAUUCCCUGUUUAUCUUCAAUCCCCAGGUGUCGACGCCGAUUUACGUCAGGAGGGGUGUCCUCGAAGGAGAGUCUGUGGUCCUGGGGGCGUGUUAUGUACCCAAUGACAAGGAGAAAAGGGGAAAAGGCCUGUGUGAGUGGCAGAGGGAGAGCCAGUUGUUCUUCAUUGAUGAUAAUCAGGAACUUCUGGCUCUCGAGGACGAGCGGGAGGGUGGGGUACUCUUCGAGGGCCUUGGGGAUCGGGUCCUCAACUGGCCCAGCACUCCCUUCGGCAGGAUCAUCGCUGAGGAGAGCACCAACAACGUCCAACGCGCGAGUUUCGUUCAUGAUCACCUGGGGACUGGAAAAGGAGUCGUCGAAGAGCUCCUGACAUUACCUGCACACACUCUCCCACCGAUGCGAUUGCUCUGUGGACCCUUCAUCCUCUCCCUGAGGGCGAAACCGGGGAAUAAGAGGAAAAAUAAUGACGACAAGACCUCGAGUGACGCAAACAGUGAGUCAGAGAAUUCUGACGACAGCGACGAGGAUGACGGAAUUGAUCCGAGAAAUCAUCUGGCUAUCGAGACGAUUCCCACGGAUGUCAGACGUCUUAAUGAUAAUGACGAUAAUGACGCGAAACUCGUCAGCUUGGACUGGAGUUUUCUGGCGAGAAUCGUGCCGAGUUAAUACGUCUGUUGCUUUACGUUAUUAUCCGAAUAAAUUUAUUAAUUUUUAA